AUGGUCAAUAUCCAACUUGCAUCAGGACAGUACUUUAUCACCGAGAAUACCGGAGUCUUUAGUCAAGACCUCAACUUCACCUUUAAUGGUGCAGCCCCACCCUUGUCUUCCGACUUCUACUUAGAAGGGUCACAAUUUCUUUCCAUCUAUGGCAAUGAUCAGUCUCCAAAGAUCACCGUCUCUCUAAACAACCUCAACAUAUAUGAUGGCCUGACCAACCAACCGAGCAAUGUCAUCAGCAUCCUUGGCUCCAACACAAACAUCACGCUCAAUAAUGUUCAUAUCCACAACUGCACUGGCUUUGAAUGGAUCUUGAUAAUGACAGCCAACAUUGUCAACCCCAAAGGAGGACCAUCUUGUUUUCUUGCACUCAACAACUGUUCAUUCACAAACAACAUGGUUACUGACCAACUAUUGAAUUUACAACAGGCCAAUGUGACCAUUGACAAUUGUCUAUUUGACCAAUUUAGUAGUGCCGCCCUCGUCUUGUACCAGAGCCAUAUCGAAAUCACCAACUCCGUCUAUUCCAACUCAAACAACAGCCUUGUUGUCCCCAACUUCUACGACACCCCUCUCAUCCAAGGACAAGACAGUAUUACCAUGGACAAUUGUACCUUCUCAAAUUUAUCUUGGAGAGAAACCCUCGUUGUAAUUGGUCCCAACUCUUUCCUUUCCAACAUCAACCUUGUCAAUAUCACUCAUUCUGACUACUACCUUGAUGUCUAUGGCGACACCAUCUUAACCAAUAUUAGAGUAGGUGGGACAUUCUCCUCUGGCUCAGUUCUAAUAGAAUGUCAAGAGAAAGCCAACCUAACAAUCAGCGGUAUCAACAUGUCCUCUGCUGAUCAUGGUGGCCCAUCAAUCACCAAAUGCAAUAUUUCCUCAACUUGUAACAUUGCUGGCGUCAAUGUCCCGCACUGUCCAACCAAGCACCAUCUCAAUGGUGCCGAAAUUGCCGGCAUCACUAUUGGAGCAGUCGCCGGGCUUAUUAUCAUCCUUCUAGUCAUACUACACUUGAUCAAGAAGAGAAAUACUUCAUCGUAUCAAUCAAUCAACCAAUAA